AUGAUCAAAUCCAAAAAGCCAUUUGUCAAUAAGCCAGGAUACGAACAUCCAGAGUCCAAAUAUUUUAGUAGAUCAUUAGACUCUAUGUUAGAAUCUAUAUCUAUAUUUAAUUCAUCAAUAUCAGAUCAAAAUUCCGAUCUUGGAUUAUCAGACCAAUUCUCAGACGAUGAUUUUGAUAUUAUGGAUAACAAUUAUGAUAUUGAAAAUUCGGUUCUUGAAAAAAAUGAAGAAAAUACUAAAAACUUAAUUUUUACAUUUUUAUGUUUAUUACUUUUUCAUAUUUUUUGUGAUAACUUUUGA